UCUCGGAAUCAUUUAUAAUUUACACCAAAUUGGGAGAAGGUAAACAGCAUUAUUCAUCUGUGAAAAUCAACCCAAGAACGUUAGAGGUGCUAUUGGAUUUCCACGCAAAAGGCAAACAUGAAAACCUUUUUCCAGUUUAUUGUUCUGAUGGCUGUGAUGGUUUUUGGAAUCUCUGAAGCGUCCAGCCAACGAGUUGUUACGGAUGCAAUUAUGCGUAGAAUACUAGAAAACUUUCGUCAACUGAUGCGCACCGGCAACCCUGAGACUGGGUUCCCAGUGAUUGCUCCAUAUUUCAACGAAGAUCUUUCUAUCAACGCCAGCUUGGGGGGAUUGCUUGAUUUCGAUCUCCGAAUGACCCCAAUUCGCAUCGAAGGUCUGGACGAAUUCGUGGGGCGGCUUCAAGUUGAUUUAUCAAACUUGCGAUUUCCGUUCGAAUUUCGUUACGAUGACGAAAUCAUCAUUAAUGGGUUCUACGACAUGAACGGACGUUUGUACGGAUUGAUUCCUGUUUUUGGAGUUGGUAAUUUUUUCAUACGCCCCAAGGGGGUUUUGGCUUCCGGUUGGGCCACUAUCACAGAUGACGGAAAUGGAAUGCUGACACUAAGUGAUUUUUCACUGAGUUUGAUGAUUGAUUCACUGGAAACAAAUAUCGAGGGAAUGCUGUUUGGUGGAGAGCUGUCUGAUCUGUUGAAUGUUGUUAUUCAAGAUAUUGUUCCAUCGUUCUUGCGAAACUUCCCGGAAAGUGUUACGAGAUUGCUUUCCGCUUUCGCCAAACCCUUGUUAAAUCGUUUCCUUGCCACGAGAUCAAUGGAAGAUUUGCUGGCAUUAUUAUUCCCAAGAGGAACUUAGAACACAAAGCUUAGAGGGAAAAUCAACAGGGUAAUCCAAAUUUAGAUAACUGUGUUCCAAAUUUUAUUAUACCAGCGAGUUGAUAAAAAAAACUUCAAUUUUAAA